CAAAGAUGAAAAAGACUAUCAGACUUUUUUUUGUAAUGAAAUCCUAUCACAAUUGCCAGAAAACCAUUACAUUAAAGUUCUUGACACUCAUAAUCGUUUUUACUUGGAUGGGCUGGCACCAGAUAUCUCAGCUUUGCACAGUGACUAUGGAUUAGAUAUUCAUGUAAUCAAUUCAGUUGGUGAUAUUAAACCAAGGAAAACACCAACAUUUGCAUUCCAAGAUGCACAUAAAGGACAAGUCUUGAACUAUGUGACAAAUUUUCUGACAGACUUUUAUGAGAUUGUAUUUAUUCGUGUUGUCAAAGAAGGGCAGGAAAAUGAAUUGCAAUUCCCAGUCCAUUUUUCUAGUCCUUUCCAAUUUGAUGGUGAAGGAAGUAAAUAUCUACAAGCUUUAUUAUUUGAGAUGUCAUACCAUCCUGAAAUUGGGUUGAAUGUUUGCACAAGUUCAUUAAUAGCACAGACAAAAACUUCUAAGAUUUUUGUAGUGAAAAAAAGAAAUGAUGUGGUUCUUAAAAUUGUACACCAAAAGAUUUUACUGGAAAGGGAAAAAAAAGCAUUUGAAAAAUUAAAAGGAAUUACUGGGAUUAUUCAACUUUUGGGGCAGUCAAACUGUGCAUUAUUGUUAUCUCCAAGGGCUACCAUUAAUAGCAGUAAUGAUAUUAUUUUAGCAGAUUUUGGCUCAAGUGCUUUUACAGGAGAGAUAGAUUUUUAUGGGGGUGCACCAUUGGUUUUAGUUUCUGAACGUGUGCUAAACAGUUAUGGAAAAACCAUAGAUGCUCAUCCAAAGGAUGACCUUCAUAUAUUAAUUUGGUCUCUUUAUUUACUUGUAAAUCAGUCAAAUUUAAAUGAAACUUUUUUAAACAUUGAUGACACAAAUUCAGUUCGUGAAUAUUGGGAAAAUAUAUUUAAAAGUGAGCCAUGGAAGACCAUGCAUGGAUAUUGCAAUGAAUUAGCAUAUUAUGAACUUAAAU